GCGGCCGGAAUAUAUGCUGCUUCGUACUGUAUCCAGACAUUCGAUAAUCCACGUAGAUUCAUUGUUAUUGAUUUGCUGGAUAUCUCCAUACAACCCAUGAGUUGAUAUUCCUCGAAGUCCCAACAUCUCGACAGCGCGCUUCAACAACAGGAUGGGCUCCGUCGGCGACUCACCAGAGUAUGACGUUCUUGUCAUCGGCGCUGGCCUUUCAGGAUGCUACUCUCUGUACCGUCUCCGUAAGCAGAAUAUCAAAGUGCUUGUGCUCGAAGCGGGCGACAGUGUAGGCGGCACAUGGUACUGGAAUCGAUACCCCGGCGCCAGAUUUGACUCAGAGUCAACGAGCUAUGGCUUCAGCUUCUCGCAGGAGGUCCUGGAUGAAUGGGAUUGGACGGAGCAGUUCUCGCCGCAGCCGGAGACGGAACGCUACAUCAACUUCAUCUGCGAUAAGUUCGAUUUGCGACGCAACAUGAGAUUUGGCAUCCGCAUCAAGACCGCCACCUGGAACGAGCAAGGCCGAUUUUGGAGUCUGGUGGACAGCAACGGACAGCGAUAUACCUCUCGCUUUCUCGUCACGGCUAUGGGCGUGCUUUGCGAUCCGACGUUGCCAAAUGUGCCGGGAGUGGACGACUUCAAGGGCGAGGCGUUCCACACAGCGCGGUGGCCGCAUGAAAAGGUCAGCUUUGAGGGGAAGAAGGUGGGCAUUAUUGGAACAGGAGCAACGGCUAUUCAAACCAUUCCGGAGAUUGCAAAGACCGCAGAGCACUUGACCGUCUUCCAACGAACCCCCAACUGGGCUGUCCCAUUGCACAACGCCAAAAUCACGACGGAAGAAAUGACGGAAAUCAGAAAAGAGUAUCCCAAGCUCUUCGAACUCUGCGCCAAAACACGCAUGUGUUUCAUCCAUGAUGCCAACUUCGACUCUAUCUGGGAGGCGUCGCCCGAGGAGCGCGAGCAGCUGUGGGAGCACCUCUACGCCCAGCCGGGCUUUGGCAUGUGGCUCAGCAACUACAAGGAGAUCCUGGUGGAUCAAAAGGCGAAUGACCUCGUCAGCGAGUUUGUGGCCAAGAAGAUCCGGCAGCGAGUCAACGAUCCCGAGACGGCGGAGAAGCUGGUGCCGAAGAACCACGGCUUUGGCACGAGAAGAGUGCCGAUGGAGACUUCUUAUUUCGAAGCUUACAAUCGCCCCAAUGUGCAGCUGGUGGAUCUACUCGAGACGCCGAUCAAGCAGAUCAAGGAAACGGGGCUGGAAACGACCAAGGAGAAUCAUGAUCUGGACAUGCUGAUCUACGCAACGGGCUUCAAUGCCGUCACCGGCUCGUUUGAUGCCAUUGACUUCACCGGUGUGGAUGGCGUCAAGCUGCGUGAGGUGUGGGACGAAGGUCCUCGGACAUACCUUGGAUUCACGGUUCAACACUUCCCCAACAUGUUCAUGGUCAUGGGACCCCAUCAAGCAUACGGUAACAUCCCUCGAAGCGUAGAGUACGCGGUGGAAUGGAUCUCCAACUGCAUCGAGCAUCUCCGCACACACGACCUGUCACGGAUAGAACCGACGUCCAGGGGCGUGGCAGCCUGGACGGAGCACGUGCACGACGUCUCCAAGGGUUUGCUGGCGAAUGAAGUCGACUCGUGGAUGACGGGCGUCAACAAGAAUGUUGCGCACAAGCAGAAGCGCAUCGUGGCGAGGUAUAGCGGGAGUGCGCCGGAGUUCAGGGAACGGACGGCGAAGAUUGCAAAGGAUGGGUAUAGCACGUUCUCGCUGGCUUGAUGUUAGAGCGGUAAAGGACUUUGACGGUUGGUUGAGAUGCAUCACGUAUGUAGUCGUCGGCCGCAAUCUCCGGUUCUGGGGCGUGUUUGCAAUUGUACAGCCUCGCGGACGACCGGACAGCCUGAUAGCAACCGCCAACGAAGCUUUUAUUGACU